UUCUCUUCACUCUCUCUUUCUCCCCGAUUGGGGAUCAAACUGUUCCUCCUCUUCUCUCUCUCUCUCUCUCUCUCUCUCCAGGAAGCCCUAACAGCGACUACCCUGCCAAACUAAGACUUCACUACAAAUAUGGAGACCCACGGAAGCAGCAAGACCAAGAGCAAGAGGAAGAGAGAAGCUUCGUCUUCCAAGACCAGUCAAAGCAGAAGCAGAAGCCGAAGAAAAUCCGACGACGACGACGACUCCGAGACCGAUAGCCGCGGCUCGUUAACGCCGAGCCACCACCGCUCUCACAAGCGGAGUCUCAGCCGCCGGAGCGCUUCGAGGGAUUCGGAUGAUUCCGACGAUGGAAGUGAUCUUGAGAGGAAGCGGAAGAGGUCGUCUUCGAAGAAGGUUACGGAUGAGGACAUUGCUGAUUACUUGGCCAAGAAAGCUCAGAAAAAGGCUCUUAAAGUCGCGAAGAAAUUGAAGUCACAGACUGUGUCUGGUUAUUCCAAUGAUGCCAAUCCCUUUGGUGAUUCCAAUCUCAAUGAAAAAUUUGUGUGGCGAAAGAAGAUUGAGAAGGAUAUUUCUCAAGGUGUGCCACUUGACAUGUUUUCAAUAAAAGCUGAGAAGAAGAAGCAAAGAGAAAGGAUGGCGGAGAUUGAAAAAGUGAAAAAGAGAAGGGAAGAAAGGGCGAUUGAGAAAGCGCAACAUGAGGAAGAAAUGGCAUUAUUAGCCAGAGAACGUGCUCGGGCUGAGUUCCAAGACUGGGAGAAAAAAGAAGAAGAGUUUCAUUUUGAUCAAAGCAAAGUUAGGUCAGAGAUUCGAUUGCGGGAAGGGCGUACAAAGCCGAUUGAUAUUCUUUCCAAGCAGCUCAAUCCUUUGGAUGAUUUUGAUAUAGAAAUAAAUGAACCAUACAUGGUCUUGAAGGGUUUGACAGUAAGAGAGAUGGAAGAACUUCGGGAGGACAUAAAAAUGCAUCUGGAUUUAGACAGGGCAACACCUACACAUAUAGAGUAUUGGGAGGCACUCCUGGUGGUUUGCGAUUGGGAACUAGCUGAAGCUCGAAAGAAAGAUGCACUGGAUCGAGCUAGAGUGCGUGGAGAACAACCACCGGCUGAGUUGCUAGCUGAAGAAAGGGGUUUGCAUUCAAGCAUUGAGACUGAUGUCAAAAAUCUCUUGCAAGGAAAAUCCUAUGGGGAAUUGGAAGCACUACAAUCCCAGAUUGAGUCACAGAUGCGUUCUGGCACAGCCAAAGUAGUCGAGUAUUGGGAAGCUGUUCUUAAACGGCUUCACAUCUACAAGGCAAAGGCCUGUUUGAAGGAAAUUCAUACUAAAAUGUUGCGGAAGCACUUGGAACAUCUUGAGCAGCCAUUGGAGGGUGAAGAAAACUUGGAACCAGAGCGGAGUUUGAGUCCUAUAGAAGAAGAAACUGAUCAUGAUGAAAAGGAUGCUGAAGCUUUCUCUCCCGAACCAAUGCUGGAUGAGGAGACACACGAGGUGGAAGAAGAGGCUGGAUCAUAUUCACCACAGCUGUUGCAUGACAAUGAAAAUGAAGAAGCAAUCGAUCCUGAAGAGGACAGGGCUAUAUUGGAACUGAAACGCAAGGCCGUGUUGGAAGAACAACAAAGACGGAUCCAAGAAGCAAUGGCUUCAAGGCCAGCUCCACCAGAAGAUAACCUGGAGAUUAAGGCCAUGAAAGCAAUGGGAGCCAUGGAGGAAGGCGAUGCAGUGUUUGGUACCGGUGAUGAAAUAAAUCUUGAUUCACAGGUGUACUGGUGGCACGACAAAUACCGCCCGAGGAAGCCAAAAUACUUUAACCGUGUUCACACUGGGUAUGAGUGGAACAAAUACAACCAAACUCACUAUGAUCACGACAACCCACCACCGAAGAUCGUGCAAGGGUACAAAUUCAACAUAUUCUACCCUGAUCUUGUUGACAAAAUAAAAGCUCCUACUUACACCAUAGAGAAGGAUGGAGAUAGCGGCGAGACUUGCAUCAUAAGGUUUCAUGCUGGGCCGCCUUAUGAGGACAUAGCAUUCCGGAUUGUAAACAAAGAAUGGGAAUAUUCACACAAGAAGGGGUUCAAGUGCACGUUCGAACGAGGAAUCUUGCACGUAUAUUUCAACUUCAAACGAUACCGGUACCGUCGUUAAGAUCAAAUGGGGUGCAGGGCAUUUGCUUUUGCUUUUUGCUUAUCAAAGAUGCCUCGGAUUCAUUCAUUUAGACUGGAGUCUUUCUGACAGGAAUAUGAAAAUGUUGCACAAAAUAUAUUUUCUUACAAAUUGAUGUAGCAUAUAAUAGUUAUGCCUUUGGUAUUUAAGAUUGGAUUAGUUGGAAUUAAAUGAUAGGGACUAAAAACAAUUUAAAUUAAACUAUAAUAUAAUAUCAAAUUUCUUGGUGUUUAUA